AUGUAAUAAUCAAUUAAUUUAUGUUGGUGUCAUAUUUGCAAAAAAUAAUUUGAAUCCACGGUUACAUCAGAUCUUAUGAAAUGUGCCUUUUGCUUUUAAGAGUUUUGCGAAAUUAUUGACCCUUCAAAUGAUCCACGAGGUUUUAUUCCUUAUGGAGAAAAUUCAUAAACAAAUUCAUCAUCAAGACAAACUUAAACACAAUAAAGACAAUAACCCUAAACUAUAAUUCAUAUCACUAGAAAUUAAAUACCUAUUAGAUUUUAAUAAAGAACAAAUUUAUUUGAUAAUCUACUGUAAUUAAUGUUUCCAAACACUCAAUUUCAGCCUGGCCAAUCAUUAGAACAGCUAAUUGAUUAUAUUAGUCAGAAUGAUCCCAAUGUAUAUGGGUAUAAAUUUAUUAUAUUAAGAUCUCCUCCGGCAUCAUAAGAAGUUAUUGAUAAACUUGAAAAAAUUAAUUUACCAUCUGAAUGCUGCAGCGUUUGUUAAGAGGAAUAUCAAUAAUAAUAAGCCUUAUAAAUGCCUUGUAAUCAUCAUUUUCAUCCAGACUGUUUAAUCCCUUGGCUAAAAUAACAUAAUAGUUGUCCAGUAUGUAGAAGUGAAAUAAAAACAGAUGAUGAGGACUACAAUAAGAAAAAAAACUUAAAGUGA